AGCGUCCGGUACCACCGUACAACGCAGCACCAGCUGCCUUUCCUGCGACCAUAUGCGCCGGCUCGUUUUCGGUCCAUCGUCAUUCAGCAUUUUGAUCGAUAGUCAUGGUUGCACUGGUUCCGCUGCUCCUCACAGCUGUCGGCGUCGUCGGGACACAAGAGAAUACCCUCAAGGGCUUCUUCCAAGGUGUCAUUAGUGACAUCAAACACGCGGUCACCGACGUGCGCUACACCUUCGAAAGCCUCGUCAAUGCCGAGCCCGUCACGGGCUUUUGCUCACCGGACGCCCUCCGCGCCUUUGAUGACGCACUCAGCUCCGGCGCUCUCUCGCGUCACGCAGCGUAUCCUGCCGGCCUCCUUGAUCUGUCGGGGCCGACGCUCUCGACAUUGGAUGGCCAAGCGUUCGCCAUUCGGCAAGAGUCAUUGCUGAACGCGCUCUCGGGUCCGUCGCUGGCAGCGUACCAACCGCGCAUCCAGCAACUCAUCCAAGACGACCACGCGACGUGGGCCGCUCGCGGCGGUACGUUCUCGCUCGCGCUCCAGGCCAAGACGACAACGUUCAAGGUCUUCUUGGCCGUCGUCUACGGCGUCACGCAACCCGAUGAGUACGUGGGGUACCGUGCACAGCUCGACGAGUACCUCGAAUACGCGAAAAAGACGCUAUCGCGCGCGCCGUCGGACGCUAUCAAGAUCCGCGACCGCUUGCUCGCAACGCUCGUGCGGCCUGCCAUUGCCGCCAGCCAUGCGCGCGUCCGUGCCGGUGCCGCACCCACGUGCGUCCUCGACGCGCUCGUGGCCCAAAACACGAUGUCGGACAGCGACCUGGCGACGGAAGGCUUUCAGCUGAUGGCGAUGGGCCUCCUGGGGCUCGAAGGCCUCGUCGUGCACACGAUCACGGCCAUGGUCAGCGUCGAUGGCGUCCGCGGCCAACUCGGGUCAGCGCGCGACGCGUACGUGUCCAAAUACCCGAACGGAGCGCACUGGCGGCACCUCGACGACCUCAGCGUCGUGAAUGCGUAUGUGAACGAAGUGCAGCGCGUCUACAACGCGAGCCCGCGCCACACGUUUGCCCGUGCGACCAAGGACUUUGUCGUGACGAACAGCAGCAGCGUGCCCAAGCACAGUCUCACUGCCGCACUUCUCGACUGCUUGAACUACAACGCGGCGCGAUGGCCGUCGCCGGCGCAGUUUCAGGUCGCGCGUUUUGCGGGCGCCAAUCCAUCGGCGUACGAGUUUGCGCCAUUUGCACUCAACGAUCUUGUGGACCGGCGGGCGGGGCGACGCGAAGGUCUCUCGCGCCUCAUUUUGCAGACGCACGUGGUGUCGCUCCUUGACUUUGCUGCGGUCAUGGCGCCGCUGCAGUCAUAUGCGCUCGACGACGGACUGAACCCGCUGCCGGUGGACUUGCUCACGACCGUGGGCUUUCAUUACGCACCCGGAGUCGCGCACAGCAGCAACGCGUAUGACGACGCAUGGCGUCGGCUGCGACAGCCAAGCGCCAAGCUCUACAACAGCUCGAUCGAGAGCCCCUUAUCGUCCGAUAAGCGCCUUGACUUCCUAACGCACUCGAUGAUCCAGCUGCUGAACGUACGCUUCGCGACGUGGGUGACGCCAACGGCCGCGGCGUCCAUCACGGUGCCAAAGUCGCAAAAACCGCUCGCCAAGCAAACGCUGCACGGCACGUCGAUCCAGAUCCCAGUUGACGACGAAGACGUAUCGAUUCCCAAGGUCCUUCUUGAUGGCGCAAAGCUUCUUCAAGACACGGCGCCGUUCGUCGACAACUUUGACGACUCAUGGGUGCCAGGCGAGGACAUGGAAGGCUACGUCCUAAGCAAGGUUGGGCGCAUGUGGCCGCGCGUUCGAGUGCACUGGGACGACCGGUACUCGGACCGCGCGCUCGAGCUCUUCGUCUUCAACGGCCUCGGCCAGCACAUGGUAACAAAGCUAUCCGCCGCGCACAGCGACGGGUCGUACUACACCGCCACGACGAGCUUUCUCGAGACGCUCGACGUCCGGCCCGGGUACGCGGUCACUGGCGCCGACGCCUAUUUUGACAAGAAUGGUAAAGUCACCAAGAUCGUCCGUCUUGGCAAGACGUUCCGGCCGGCCGAUGCGCAGUGGGAGUACGUCAAAAUGUGCUUUCGCUCGAGCGUUGCCAACAAGGUCACGGCGGUCGAUCACCUCAUUGGCCUCCACGUGACGGUCGGCAACUACAUGACGACGGCGUCCCGCGAACAACUGCCUCCGACGCACCCGCUCCGCCGCCUGAUCAAGCCCUUCACGUUCCGUGCCGUUGCCAUCAACUACGAAGCGUCCAAGCUCCUCUUUGCGCCAAAGGGUAUUUUGCACCGUGCACACCCAUACUCGGAGAAGGGCUUGAAGGACACGUGGGCGAUGGCGCUGCAAAGUCUCAAGCUCGAGCCCUUCCCAGUGCACAUGGCGCGUCAGAACAUCGAUACGCUCAAGCUUCCGUUCCACGAAGACGGCAUGGACUUUUGGACGAUCGUGCGCGGCUUUACGGGCGAGUACCUCAACUUGUACUACGAAAGCGACGAGGACGUGACGCGUGACGCGUCCACCCAGGCGUUCUGGGCGUUCUUGGACAAGCAACUACCGACACCGCUUGGUGCGCUGAGCUUGGAGAGCCUCAAGGACGUCGUUGCGCACGGCAUCUUCCUGGUCACGGCCAUGCACAACCACCUCGGUGGCAUCGCCGAGUACGUCUCGGACCCGGCUUUCUGCCCAGUAUCGUGGGUCGAGGGUGAGCUCGCGGGACGACCCGGCGCUGCUGUGCGGACUGCCCUCAUUAUGUCAGGCACGGGGUACCCGCAGCCCAGCAUUUUGGAAGACUUCUCCCACGUGCUUCUGGACGACGCAGCCAAGGCCGUUGCUCACCGCUUCACAACGUCGCUGCAGUCAUUUGUGAUGGUUGUUGAGGCGCGCAAUGCCCAGCGCGUGCUUCCGUACCAAGGCUUCAACCCCGCAGUCAUGGACAUGGCCAUCGGUAUUUAGAUGGUCUCCAAUAUGCGAGAAUAGAAACAGCUUUUCUUUCGA